GAACGAAGCGAGAAGCGAGAUUCGCGAGACUAUAAGAAGAACUCAAGUAGUCGUAGAACUCAAGUGCCUUUCGAGCAACGAACGUUGAUUUCAAAAAAGUAGAAAAAAAAUUCGCGUUCAACAAAAAAAAAAAAAUUUUUUUUUUAUCGCAAAAAAAAAUAAAAAUUCACUUAUGUAUUUUAUAUAAAAAUGAGAAAAAAUAACGAUAAUAUUGACGACGAGGAGAAGGAGGAAUUAAAACAAAAAAAUGUGACCGAUAAAGUGAUAAUUGUUGAAAAUGGAAAAACAAAAAAGGAGAAGAAAAAAAAGGAGAAAGCACCGAAAAUUAAAGAUAAUUUUGUACCACCCGAUGGUGGUUGGGGUUGGAUUAUUGUCGUUGCUGCUGGAUUUUCAAAUUUCUGCAUUUUUCCACUGAUGCAAUCGUUUGGAUUAAUCUUCAGAGAUCGAUUCAUAGAAAUGGGAAUAAGUUCAUCGGAAAUCACGACACUAAUGAAUAUUAAUAAUGCGACAACCGCCUUUAUAGGUCUGGCGAAUGGACCAUUGUUUCGAAAGUACAGCUCUAGAAAAAUUGGCAUCGUCGGAGGAUUAGUUUGCGCAAUUUCAAUAACAUUAUUAUCGCGCAUGGAAUCGUUUACUGGAUUUCUAAUAUUCUUUUCUAUUCUCUAUGGUAUUGGAAUUGGCAUUACGAUGUCUGCUAAUGCCCUGACGCUCAACACCUAUUUCAAGGAGAAGCGAAGAAUCGCCACUGGACUAACGUGGACUGUCACUGGAAUGGGUCCCAUUGUCAUGCCUCUGAUUAUAACUCAACUGAUGGCCUUCUAUGGAAUGGAGGGCACUGUUUUAAUUUACGGCGGACUGGCCUUUAAUGCCACAGCGUGUUCACUAUUUUUCCAACCAGUUUCAUGGCAUGAGAAAAAAAAAGUUGCGAACGAUCCAGAACUGGCAAAAUCAGGGGAAAACGAACCAAAGACAGAAACGUCACCGAAUGAAGCGAACGAAAAAUUGUUGCAUACCGAACACAAUGUUUCACUGGAAAAUAUAAUUCGAACGAGAAAAAUGUCCCUGGGGUCGGAGCAGUUUUCAGCUAAGGAAAUGUUUGGCAGUCAGUACUUAUAUUACGACGACAAAGAGCAGGGGGCUUCUGGUAUUGAUGUCAUUGGACCAGGAACACCCAUGAUGUCAAGAGCAAAUGACGGUUUGUUCUCCAAGCUAAAUACGUCCAAUGCUUCCUUGGCAUCGAGGAGGGAAAAUUCUGUUAGGAGUAGACGUCCUUCUCUUGGCAGUCGGCAGUCCCUCAACAGACUGUCCAGUGAUUUCGACUACCGAAAACGUCGAAAUACUCUCGAAAAUCCACUGGUUGCUGUCAAUGAGACGAUAAACGAGAAUGUAGACCAGGACAAGAUUACAAAUCUUACAAAUCUCCAACAAGGAGCGAAGAAUUCAGCACUAACAGAAGAAGCAAGAAUUCCAAAAGACGUUCAGAAGAAAACAAUAAAGUACCAUCUGAGGAGAAUCGGCAACGUCCUAGUCGUCUUCUUCGAUCUCGACCUACUUCGUGAUCCAAUUUACGUGAAUCUGAUGCUCGGCAUAACAUUCGCCAAUUUUACGGAAUUGAACUUCGCCCUCUUGACUCCAUUCAUUCUCGGCGAGUACGGUUUCACGAAAUUAGAAGUCGCCACCUUCAUGUCCACACUCGGUGGUGUGGAUGUCAUCACAAGAAUCAUCAUCCCCUUCGUUGCCACCUACAUCGGAUGGGAGAACCGAACAUUCUUCUUGAUUGGCGUCGGUGGAUUGGGCAUCGGAAGAUUGGUUUUGGCGCACGUACACACUUAUGGGGUGUCGAUAGCAGUGGCAAUUUUAAUGGGCAUUGGAAAAGCAAUGAGGACAAUUUUCAUGGCCCUUGUGAUUCCAACUCACGUUCCAUUAUCGAGAUUACCGGCAGCAUCUGGUCUUCAAUUGGUGACAAGUGGAAUUGUAUUUGUUUGCAUUGGACCAAUUGUCGGUUGGCUUCGUGAUUCAUUGGGUGACUAUGCAAUAACUCUUCAUUGUCUCAAUAUCUUCACAUAUUUGACAAUUAUAUCCUGGAUGCUCGAGGCAUGGUACACGAAUUCCCGUCGGAAAAAGGAGACCAAUCGCCAGGAAGAAAAAUAGAAACAAAGAUAUUGUUCUUCAAAAAAAUAUUUUUAAAAAGUCUUCUUAAAAAAUUUUUUUAAAAAAUUUAAAAAAAAAAUUAAAAAAAAAAAUU